AUGGCUUAUGAUGAAGAUGAUGAAGAAAUAAAUUUUAAUGAACUUGUGGGAAAUUUGCUAAGUUCACACAAUCAAAAGGAACAAGAAGAGGAAGAAGUGCAUGAACAAGAACAGAAACAAGAGGAUUCUGAUAAAAUAAAUACAACCGAUGAAGAUGUCGAAAUCAAACACCCAGGUAACAGCAAGGCCAUCCAUGGUCAUCCGGACCAAAAUAUCGAAGUGCCAGAUUUUGAUGACGAGGAAGAUGAGCUAGUUUCUGUGGUUGCAGACGCAGUUCAAAAUAUUGACGAUGAUAGGGGCAGUAAAUCACAAAGUCAUCUAGAAAAUGAAUCCGAGCAGGUAGCGCCAGAUCCAAUGGAUGAUAAUCGUGAAAAAGAACAACAUCAGGAGUGGGCUCAUAUAUUACAGCAGGAAAUACUACAAGUGGACAAAGAGUCCUUAUCGGAACAUACAGAAAGACGUGUCAGCACUAGUCACCAUCACCCUCCUCCGCGUACCGAUGAGCAACUUGACCAAGAUGACGAAAAUUUAAGGAUGGCUAUUUUGGAAUCUCUACAAGAAUUGAACACGAGUGAUAAUCAAGAGAAAAAACAGCAUAAACAUGAGCAUGCUGCUCCCGGUGGGAAAUCGACUGGCAAGAAGUCUUCAAAGAAAAAGAAAAAGGACAGAUCCAAGAAUAAAGAAUUGCAAAAGGAUAAAUCUUCCAAGAAGAGUAAAUCUUCAAGUCACUCUAAAAAGCACGUCAAAGAUCGCAAUAAAGACAAGUCAAGUAAAACAGCUAAUGAUGAGAAUGCCCUAGAUUUUAGUAAUAUAUUGGAUAAUCUUAUCCAUGAAAAUGAAGAUACUACGAUGGAAUCAGGUAAAUCAACAGCAGAAAUUCAAGAACACAUUCACGUUGAUACAAACAGCGAAGAUGUGGAAGCGCAAGCUCUUGUAGAAGCCACAUUAAAAGCUUUCGAAAAUGAAUUGCUAAGCCCCGCACCAACUGCCGAAGCUUCACAAGAACAAUCAAUGGAACCUGCGACUUCUAUAAAAGCGGUCGAAGAGCCACGGAAACCAACAGCUGACGAUAUUCCGUUGGCCAUGUUGCAGGCUUUCAAACCCAAAAAACGGCUUCCUCAGGAAAAGAAAAAAUCAAGAAGUAAGACUUCUAAAACGGCAUCUACAACAAAUAAAUCAUCUGCAUCAGAAUCAGCUUCCAAGAAAAAGAAAAAAAGAAAGUCCACAAAAGAGACUAACAAAUCUCAGGAAACUUAUGAAGACGAUGAGUUUUCCAGGAUAUUAGCCGAUAUGGUCAAUCAAGUGGUUAAUACAUCAUUAAAAGAAACAUCAAACACGUCUUCUUCCACUCAAAAUAACAGACCAGAAACUGAGGCCGGUUUUGUUUCGUCUGUGCAAAGCCAGUAUUCAUCUGACAUAACGCCCGAUGCGGAUGUUAACACAGUUAACGAUGAUACUCUUGAUUUGAACCAGAUUAUGCAAAAUGCAAUGGCUAUGGUUUUCCAGAAUCACAAUGAUGCUGAUUUCGAUGAGAAUGUCGUUGAAGAUUUUAAUCGGGGGUUAGGGGAUCUCAGUGUUUCGGAUUUACUGCCGCAAAGUAACCUUUCUGGACUAGAAAAGAAAUCCUCCGUCAAAAGCUCGAAAAAGUCUGAAAAAAAGUCAUCUAUAUCGAGUAAGAUAGCUUCCAAAAAAGCAUCUAAGAGAAUAUCAGACAUCGAAAAGGCUAAGGCACCUUCAAAACCGAAGAAAUCCUCCAAAUCCGAAAUAUCUCAGGAAAAGAAACUACGCAAGAGGUAUGCUUUUAUUGCCAGCGAGGCUGCAUCUGUAGCUAGAAAGAAAAGAUGGGCCAAAAACAAAGAAUUAAAGGAAAAAGAGAAACUUGAACGCCAAACUGCCAGAGAAGAAAGACGACAGAGGAAAAAAUUGGAGAAGCAGAGAUUAGGAGAAGAACGAGAAGAACUAAAGAAAAUUGUCGAACGUGGUCCACCCUAUCCUCCGGAUCUAAGAUUAACUAAAAGCGGUAGACCGAAGAAACCAUAUAGAAGGUGGACCACUGAAGAGCUGUUUAAGAGAUCCCAGGAGGCUGAAAAACCAAGGAAAGUGAAAAAGGAAAAAAAGAAGAAGGAAAAGAAAGUGAGGAUACCCUCUUCUGCAUUGAAAAAGAUCCCAUUAUUCAAUUUUAUUAAGGAUAAUGUUCAACCAAGCGCAAGGCACCGUUUGAAUGACAUCGAGGGUUCGUUAUCAUCUAUUGGAUUACACAAAUCGCCUGAUGGUGUUCGCAGAAUUAUAACGAGACCAAAGAACGAAGAAAACGAAUGGCCUUUAUCGGAUUCAUCUACAUCCCAAAAUUAUGGUACACACUUAAAAACCGUCGUACAUAAAGAAAAGAUUACCUUCCAUCCUCCCUGGACCAUACCAUCACAACCACCAUUUGCCUUACCUGUAGCAAGAAGGAAGAAAAUACCAAAUAUCAAGAGAUACAAGAAGAGAAACAGCAAUUCUUUUCGUAUUUCCAAAGAAGGCAUGCUAAGUGCAAGAAACAGAAUCAUACCAGCCAUAUUAUUGCCAAUAAUAAACACAUUGAAAGCCGCAGCCAGGUCUCAAACUGCUGCUGGUGCUACACCCGAAGAAGCAAGAAAACGUCUGGCAACUAUUAUUCAACACGCUAAGUCUACGGUUAUCAAGGCUGCUUUACAAGCAAGGAAGAAUAGUAUUCAUGAAUCUAACAUCAGGGAAAGUACCCCGGGACUGGCCAUAAGUGUGCCGAAGAGGAAGAAUCCAUUGAGAAUGAUUCCUAUAUUCAAUACCUCCCGGGUGAAACAUCAAUCAGAGAACCGUUUACCAGUUUUAGAGAAGGAAGAUAACGGUUCAAUGUCCCCAGAAAAAAAAGCGCUCGGUUCUCACUCGAACCCCAUAAUUGCUGAAAAAACGCUGGAGGGUGUUGCUACCUCAAUCAAAAUAGAAGAUGGAAAUACGAACAUCCUCUCCAACUCUAUGCCGGAUUUAGCUGCAGAAUCACUAAAAGAUGAAUCGAGCCUUACAAAUAGCACAAACAGCGCAGAAGCCGCACCAAGUGCUCUCAAUAGUGAUGAUGUCAAAACAGCCAAAAACAUAGAAACUGUCCAAGAAAUUAAACAGGUUGCCAAUUCCAAAGUAACGGAAGAAGUCACACCCACUGAAAAUCAGACUAAUAUGGGUUCAGAAGCUGAAGGGAGGAUAUCAAUAAAAGCUUGCGGUGUCAAAAAGAUCGAUGAAAAUAAACCAGAUAAGAGAAAUGACACAGAAGAAAAUAUGAGCGAAAAUGCAGGUGUGCCCAACAAGAAAGUGGAAGGUGAAAAGCCAAUGUUUAAUUCUAGCGUACCUCAGACUGCAAAUAAUAAACAGGACAAUGCAAGUGGUGCCACUGUAAAACCUAAAUUGAUCAAUAUAUCUGAUAAACCACCAAGUGAAACAAAACCAAAAAUACCUAUCAUAUUUCCUUUAAAAAGACCGCAAAUAAAGCCUGAGAUUAGUGUCAUUAAUUUAGUCCAGAAUUUGGUGAAGACUAAAAUACCUGAAGUUAAAAAUGAAUCAGUUAACCUAGGGAGUAAUAUUUCCGACAUUCUUUCCUCCACUAUUACGAAUAUUCUGCCCGAAAUCACCGCUGCAGAUGUCAAAAACUAUCACUAUGAAGAUGAAAAUGUAAAAUACUUGAAGAAGACGCCAAGACAAGUCUUGAACCUGGACGGACUAGUUCCUCCAUCGGGUAGAUGCAUUACCAAAGCCAAACGUGUUCGCCGUAUCAAAAAGCCCUCUUCCGACGCUGUUGCUGUACCGGAAAUCGGCACAAAGGCAAUAAACGAAUCCAUUACUUACACGUUCGACAUACCAUCUCCGGAAGAGAUGCAAAGUAAGCGCAGUGUGGUAUUGAAGUUUGCCAAGGCGAGAUUGACGGAGGGCGAGUUAAAUUCCUUGAAAAAGGAGAUCAACAAUGUAAGGAAAAGGAGAUGGAGAGAGAUUAACUCCACAAAGAACUGGGAAUACGACGUAAAGUCUAGAUUGAGAAAACGUGCAAGUACAUUUUUUGGAGAGGGAGAAUCUGAAACGAAGUCCAAAUGGAUCGAAGAAAGAUUCCAAGAGAAGGCCAGUCAGGAGAAGUACAAGGAUCGACUUGAGACUACUGAGACACAAACAAACAAUACAAAAAUUGUAAUUGACGACAAGGAAAUUUUAAAUAUUCUUGCUGUAAACAUGAACAGUCUCAACAAAGCUCGUUGCAUUGAGAAUGAUAUCCAGGAGUCAUUCAAAGAGGAAAAGUUAGCCUCUUUAGGACCAAAGAAGAAGAGAAAGAAAGGCAUUUUGAAUUAA